UCAAUGAACUCAACCCAAUGAAUGAAGAAGAAAGAAAUUGUGAAAACGAUUAUCUCAUCAUAUACAUCAAGUGACAUUUUGACUUUGACUAAAUGGGACUAAACGACAGUAGCCCAGGGGCCAUGCGCAAUGGCAGAGGCCUCUCAGACCAGUGGGCUGAGUCGGUGGUGGUUCGGCCCCGCACAACGGAGCGCCACAUCACGGUGCACAAGAAACUGGUGCUGGGCUUUGCCCUGUCCAUCCUCACCCUCAUCAUCGUCACUGCAGUGGCUGUGGUGCUCAGCGUCCGCUAUGAGGAGUGCGGUACUCGAGAUGGCCCUCCUGAGGUGGGCUCUCGGGCUGCCGGAGGCUCAGCUCGACUGAAUGGAAGCAGAGACAGAGCCACAGACAGGGGGGAGGAGGAGGUGCAGCCCUGGAGGACCUCCCGUCUGCCUGGAACGCUCCGGCCCCGGCACUACGAGCUGCGACUGGCCGUGUGCAUGGACAACUUCACCUUCUCCGGAGACGUCAGCAUCGAGAUAGAGUGUGUCAAUGCCACCCGCUUCAUUGUGCUGCACACUGACCGCCUGGAGGUGGACCGGGUCUCAGUGACUGCAGAGGGCAGCGGUGGUGGGCGCCUCACAAAUAGACCAGGGGGUGGAGUUAUGCGCAUCCAUCGCCACUUUGCUUUCCCACUCAAUCAGAUGUAUGUGGUGGUCCUGCACCGGGAGCUCAAGCCAAUGAGACUGUACCGACUCAACAUCAGCUUUGACGCAGCCAUCGAGGACGAGCUGUUGGGGUUCUUCAGGAGCUCAUACACUUUACACAGAGAAAAAAGAUACCUGGCUGUGACCCAGUUCAGCCCGAUCCACGCUCGAAAGGCCUUCCCCUGCUUUGACGAGCCCAUCUACAAGGCCACCUUCUCCCUGACGCUGCGCCACGACCCGCAGUACCUGUCUCUGUCCAACAUGCCGGUGGAGAGCAGUGUUCUGACCGAGGAGGACGGCUGGGUCACUGACCGCUUCAGUCGCACCCCUCGCAUGUCCACCUACUACCUGGCCUGGGCCGUGUGCAACUUCACCUACAGAGAGACGCAGACCGACAGCGGAGUGACGAUCCGUCUGUACGCCCGGCCCGAUGCCAUCUCCAGUGGAGCGGGGGACUAUGCUCUCCACAUCACCAAGAGGCUCCUGGGAUUCUACCAGGACUACUUCCAGGUCCAGUACUCCCUGCCCAAGCUCGAUUUGCUGGCUGUGCCCAAACAUCCUUAUGCGGCGAUGGAGAACUGGGGCCUGAACGUGUUUGUGGAGCAGAAGAUCUUACUGGACGCGGAGGUGUCUUCGUCGUCUUAUCAGAUGGAGCUGACCAUGGUGGUGGUCCAUGAGAUUUGUCAUCAGUGGUUCGGUGACCUGGUGACCCCAGUGUGGUGGGAGGAUGUGUGGCUCAAGGAAGGAUUCGCACAUUUCUUCGAGUAUGUUGGCACCGAUUUUCUCUUCCCAAAAUGGAACAUGGAAAAGCAGCGCUUCUUGACAGAUGUUCUCCAUGAAGUAAUGCUAUUGGACGGCUUAAGCUCCUCCCAUCCCAUCUCACAGGAAGUACAGCAGGCCACAGACAUUGACAGAGUUUUUGACUGGAUUGCCUACAAAAAAGGGGCUGCCUUAAUCCGGAUGCUGGCCAAUGUGAUGGGUCAGCCGCUGUUCCAGAAAGGACUCAAUGAUUACCUCCUUAGUCAUAUGUACAGCAACGCCGCCCGGGACGAUCUAUGGAACAAACUGUCCCAGGCGAUGAGAUCCGAGGGGCGGGACAUCGACAUUGGAGAGAUGAUGGACAGGUGGACUCUGCAGAUGGGAUAUCCCGUCGUAACCAUCAGCAAGAACCAAUCAGAGCAGCUCCCGACGCAUUACAUCAUAGUGAGCCAGGAGCAUUUUCUGUACGGACAGGAUCCCAGGAGUAAUAACAGUUUACAGUGGCAAGUGCCGUUGACAGUCGCCGUGGGAAAUGCAUCUAUGAUCAGUACAGAGAAGCUCAUCUGGAUCAAUAACAAAACAGAAAUGCACAGAAUAGGUGAGGUUCACGAGAACACGUGGUUACUCGGUAACAUCAAUCAGACGGGUUAUUUCAGAGUCAACUAUGACCUCCAGAACUGGAAACUCCUCAUUCAGCAGCUACACUCCAAUCCACAGAUCAUCUCCAUUGGAAACCGAGCAGGUCUGAUCGAUGAUGCCUUCAAUCUGGCCAGGGCAGGGUACAUCCCCCAGAACAUUCCACUGCAGCUCAUCGGCUACCUGCCGGAGGAGUCUUCCUUCUUGCCAUGGCACGCUGCCAGCCGAGUGCUGUACCAGCUGGACAAACUUCUGGACCGCACCGACGAGUACAGCCUGUUCAGUGACUAUGUGCUGAAGCAGGUGGCAUCCCGCUAUCAUCAGAUGGGGUGGCCCAGCCCUGGACCUGGCAACGAGGGCAACAUCCUGCAGGCAUCAUACCAGACUGAGGAGCUACAGAGGGAGCUCAUCAUGUUAGCAUGCAGCUUCGGGAACAAGCAGUGUCACCGCCAGGCUGUGGCUUACAUCUCCGACUGGAUUUCCAGCAACAAGAACAGGAUCCCUCCGAACAUCAGAGACAUAGUGUACUGUACAGGGGUCAGCCUGAUGGACGAGGACGUUUGGGAGUUUAUCUGGAUGAAGUUUCACUCGUCUGGAGCCGUGUCCGAGAAGAAGAUCCUCCUGGAGGCUCUGACCUGCUCAGACAACACUUUCCUCCUCAACAGGUUACUGAACCUGUCCCUGAGCUCUGACCUGGUCCCCGAGCAGGAUGUGAUUGAUGUGAUCAUCCACGUGGGCAGAAACCCUCAGGGACGUGACCUCGCCUGGAAGUACUUCAGGGAAAAGUGGGACAUCCUCAACGCACGAUACGGAGAAGCAUUGUUCAUGAACUCAAAGCUGAUUGGUGGAGUCACAGAGUUUCUCAACACGGAAAAAGAAUUAAAUGAGUUAAAAGAGUUCAUUCAGAACAGCGGCGUUGGGGCAGGACCAGCGUUGCCCCGGGCGCUGGAGAUCGUUGAGGGAAAUGUCCGCUGGCAUCGUCUCCACCGGCGACAGUUCUACCAGUGGCUUCGAAAACCUCAAAACUCUAACGGCUUUAACGGAUAACAAAGACAAGGAAAAAAACGUGACUGCUAUCUAAUGACGUGACGUGAAAUAGACGCAGCCAUACAGACGAAAGGCGGAGGAGGAGCAAAGGACGCGGUUUCACUCUAUUUUUUCAGAUAUCUGUUCAAUUGAAUUUGUUAUAGAAUUUGUUAUAGUUUUGAAAAUGUUUUGAAUGAAUGGACAUGAACUGAACCAAACUGCGGCAAGUUUACAUAUUAAGCUUUUUUGGAGGGUUUGAAGUCUUUUAGAUUGGCUUGCAUAAUUCAGCAGCCAGUUUGUAUAAUAGAAAAGUUAACAAAGAGUACAAAGGUCGAAAUAUUACAUUAUUAUAUUUACAAUGGUGUACAGAGGCUAAAUUAACUGAUUACAUCAUGGCCAAUUAUUAUUUAUGACCCUAAUCACAACUAGCACUUACCUCCCAACAAAAUGCAAUUAUUUGGAUAGUUACUGACGACACAUUUUAUCACAUUUUAUCAUAUUAUAAUUGAAAAUGUUGACACUCUUUGGCAGUUUUUCAGCAUUUAUUGCUUUAACGCUGUGUAAUAUGUGGAGCUAAAUCUUAUGCAAGUUCUCCACACAAAAAGACACGAAAUGUAAAGUCCAUUUAGUGAAAGUGGCCUUGAGUUGAUUGUGUAUGAGUUGGUAAUGAGCCAAUAGACGAUGUACAGGAAAAUCAGGGACAACCUCACAAAGAGUAUGUCUCAAACAAACAGCACAUUACAUACAGUAUUUUAUGGGUUGAAUUCACCUCUUAGUGAUAUAAUACGUAUUAAACAUAUUGCUGGCCUCAUGUCACAACUGCCUAAGUCAUUUUUUAGCCAUAUUUAGUCUUUUUCUUAUUCUACUCUAAAGACCCUGCUGCAUCUGUUGGUGUCAUUGGUUCUGUCCUUGGCCAAUCAGAAAUAUUUUUACAUCCAAAAAUCACAAAUUUCCACAGUUAUCUUAUUAACAGAGCCAGUUAUUAUUUUCUUUUUUCCCCAAAACUUUGGAAAAUGGCUUAGGCAAUUAUGCUGUGCGGCUCUGGCCAAAAUGACAAAAGUAGAAAUAUUCAGAACAGUUGUUGUAGCCCAGAGCAGUUUGUUUUGUUUGAAUCACAUUUUUCUGUUUGUCUCCAGAACAGCUGAAGAGCUGGAACGCAGCUGUGAGCCACGAUUAUUGGUGCGCUCUUUGAAUUGUAAUUGGACAAGAAGUGCAUUUAGGUCAUGAAUGAGACCUUGAACUUAAGGGACAGAUAUGUAAUAGAUUGGAUAAACUUAAUUUAAUUUAAUCUUUUUAUUCCUUACAAUGUAGAGAUAUAUUCUGUUGAUACUUAAGCCACACACUACAGGAUUUUUCAUGCAACAAAAAGUGUAGAUCGGAGAAUCGGAUGAGAUGUAAAAUCCGCGUGCACAAAGACUGCAACGAAGAGACCUCACGCCACACACUAAAACAACGAGUUAACAAAAGUACUGAACCUCACGUCAGCUGUUUCCUGUCUAAAAUACUCACUUUGAGACUCUAAAGUGUUCAAAAGAUGAGAACUUUGCACUUCUAGUUUAGAUGCGAGUCAAAACUGUGUUAUUAUUUGUGAAAUGUGGUGUAAUAGUUCAGAUAAAUGCUUUUAAUGCACAGAAGGUUGGCAAUAAAUUACACAGGAAGUCGUCUGUGUAAUCCCUCAGUCUGAUCCAUACACAGAAAGUCACUUCACUCUUACUAAUCUACAGCAGCUUCACCCAGAUCCGUGCUGGACUGGGCGUCAUUAUUUGCAAAAGACACACACAGUUUAUCUUUACAUCUUUACAAGAGGUAAAUAAGAAAGUCGCUUAUUCAUUUUGACCAUUUCCUGAGUGUGUAUCUUGCGCCUCUGUGUCCUUCACUCCAUCUGCCCCUGACGCUCUGUUUUUGGUGGUGAUGUUUUGUAGAUAUGACAGAGCAGCUCAGAGUCACACUGACACCACACACGAGGAGCUCAGUGGCUUCAAAAUCGCAUACGAAAACACAAAAUCAGGUCACGCCUCCCCGGGGAAAAGCAAAAACACGUCCUGUAGUGUGUGGCGGGCUUAAGUUUGUUGAUUUGAAGGGAACAGUUUACAUGUCCAGUACAGAUUUAGCUGGGAGGUACUUUUCAUCCGCAGUAAACAUUUAAAGGCAAACAACAACAAACAUAAAUUAAAGCUGACAACACAACCGCAGACAUAGAUUCAGCACUACAUACAUCUUACAGGUAAAGUAAAUCUUAUUUUUUACUAGGCAGAAAUAUGGGAUAUCAAAGUUCUUGUAUAAAAAAUACCCCUGAUUUAUCAAACCAUCUAUUAAUGUAAAAGCACACUGAAGGGAGAAAAAGCACAUUAACUAUGACAUUUGUGGCCUGCCGUUUGUUCCCAGGCGACGGCACAAGAAUGGGUUUUAUGGCGGUUGGAAAAAUGUGAGUGAGUGUCAUUAAACACGGAGACGGAGCUUUUAAAACGUUCAUAACUGAUGUGGCUAUAUAUUAGGGUCUUGAGUGGAGAACUUGAUCGGUUGAAGAAACUAGUUUUUUUUUUUUUUUCCAAACUAUCUCCAGCCCUCUUUCUAGCAUGAUGAAAGUCCACAGUGCGAUGGAAAACCUGCAAGUCGGCAAAGCGGCAAAUUUCCGGGCAGCGGAGUGAAAAAAGUGAUGGAUUCAUAAUUCAGCGGGGAUUGUCCUAGAGCUUGGCAUACUGUCUUCUUCACUGGAUUUGUGGACACAGCAAAUGUACAUUAUAGCAGCCAUAUACAAUUAUAAACUGAGGGCAGAACACAGCGUAAAAAAUGUGAACUGGACACGAAAUAGAGUCUUGCAAAGAAGAUGGAUCGGAAAAGUGUAGGCGUCUGCUUUCCCCUUUAGCGAUGAAAAUGUAAAUUACACAGACUGGAAUAUUAUAAUGGUCCAGAAAACAAAAGCUCCCUGUAACUUCUAUGGAGAGAGACUUUGCAAAAUAAACUACAAAUGGACGUGAAUCAAAAUAAUUCUUAAGUGAGUGCUGUGAGUCAGACCUUGUGUCAAAUCUCGGUCCAAUUGCGCAAAGACUUUUUAUUCUGGUAUUCUUCCUCUGUUUUUUUCUGGCUUUGAUGUUGAUAAUUGAGCCAUAUAUGAAGUAAUGGGCCUGCCUGCUUCUCUCUUCACUGUGUGUCCUGUGCCGUGUGUGCGUGAAAGAGAGAGUGUGUGCGUACGCGUGUGUGUGUUGUGCACGUGUGUGUGAAAGCAGCAGUGAAGCCAGUUAUAACGAUUGAAUGAGGAUAAUUAUAAUCAUUGUUAUAAUGAGCCUUGAUGACGGUGGCCGAGUUGUAAAUGUAAUUGUAAAUGAUGUGAAAAAACUGCAAAUUAAUAUUAUUAUGUGAUGAUAAUGAAUACGAAUAGUUCUUCCAGGGGGAGGAUUUGGCUUCUAAACUGCACAACACACAUCUUUCAAAACAUGUUAAUCAAAAAUGUUCUCAAAAGGUCAGCGAUUGUUUUAUUUUAUGGGUAAAGUGCUUAUUCAUAAAAGGUUGUGACUUGAUGAAGUAAUUGUGGGACCAAAUGUGAAUGCAGAUGACCUGGUGUUUACUGUCUGCACUGCUGUGGAUUAUCUCUUGUGUUUUCAGAUGAUAUUAAAAUGGUUAACCUU